AUGUCGAGCCCUAACGGCCCACUCUACGAAGUCCUUCAAAACCCAGUCACACCUCAGGCCCAAGCUGAAAUCGUUUCCUAUCUAUGGAGAGACGGAGUAACAGCCCCAUCACGAUCAGUUCACUUCGAUUGGACUGCUUAUUUUGCAUACUACACGAAACAAUGUAAAGCAGCAUUGGUCAAUGAGGGGUUAUAUCUAUCAGCUAGAACACAUCAUGAUAUUUUGACCAUUGCACGCCUGCUUGAAGACGAAUCCACUGAAGAGAUGAUUAAGCAAAAGCUCCGCCAAAAUCUCACACAACAGAGGCCUCAAGCUGAGGAAGAUAGGAUGCUUGAUGGUUCAGUCAAACUCGCCACUCGCCUACUCGCCAUGGUCAACAUUGGGCCCCUUGCGUCCGAGAUCUCGGGGAGAUACUUUAUGAAUUGGGAUCAAGGCUCACUGCGAGAUGCGGUGCAUCGCCAUUUCAACAUCCUGCCAGAGAUAGACCCUGAUCCUAAGUACAGUGUCAUUGGGACGGAUCUGACCUGUCGUAACAUAGAUCGCAUUUCCGGGAUUGAAGUGGUACCGACAGACAAUCUGAUUGAUCACCUGCGGCUUGUUGAAAGGGACACAAAAGUUUGUGUAUUCCACCAUGUAUCCUUCCUCAAGAGGAUGAACGCCACCCAAAAUAGUUCACUGUACCCGGAUGGUCUCAUUGAAGAAACAUUAGACACUAUCGCGCUUCUUUUCCCAGAUACGGAUCGCAAAACGAGACGGUGGCUGGAAAGCGACUUUCAAACACAUCCACUAUUGUCAAAAUUGGACCAGGGAUUGCUCAGCUGCGGUCAUUUCAGGGCUGGUCAUCCAUCACGGCGUUUUGAGCGUUUCCGCUUCUGGCGCGAUCGACUUUGCACGUUGAGGGAGGCCGUGGACGACGCCACACCCCCAUCUAAAGCCCUCCUGAAAGCAUUGAGAGAUAGUAAGAACGGCGACAGAUGGUUCAACUCAUGGGUGGCCAUCGUGGCAAUUGGGUUGACAUUGUUCUUUGGUCUGGUUCAAAGUAUUGAAGGGGCCGUCCAAGUUUAUAAGGCAUAUCAUCCAGCCCCAGCUUGA